UUAAUACUAUGAUUUUAUAAUUAUAAUAAUAUGAUUUUGAUAUUUUAUAUUUAUACAAAAUGUUAAUAUUGUUAAUUUAUUAUUUAACAGUUAACAUUUUUGGUAGUAAACCAAUCAUAAUUAUCUCGCAAACGCAAAAUUUUUUAACCAUUGUAAUAGUUUCAGUCACCCGCAUUGGUAAACUCCCAAAACCGCUACGUUUACAUUAGUGAUUUUGUAGCACUUAGAAAGUUAUGAUUUUUUAAAAUCAUCCAGAAUUUUUUUUUUUUUAUUCUUCUCAUCAGUAUUUUUUAAAACUAAAUCCUCGCAUAUACAUUUCAUUAUGUUUGUACAUCAUAUCAAUAAGUGUGGUAAUAGAAUGUAUUGGUAUAUAUAUCACAUUAUGUGUACAAACUAUAAACUUUAUGUAUAGAAACUAUAAACUAUAAAACCAAUAUAUGUACGAGGGAUAUCACAUUAUGUAUACAAACUAUAAACUUUAUAUGUUAUUGCAUCUAAUUAAAUGGUCUACAAAUUUACUUGCUUAAUUUCGCGCGUGCUCCUAUAAUGUUGUUCUUACUGGCCAGAAUAUAAUCACUUCGGAAAAUUUAAAAAUAAUUUUCUUAAAAGUCUUCUCAAGUCAAUGUAAGUCCGCCAAUUGUUUUAGCAGAUUCUUACAUGAAAAUAAAUCGACUAAAAUAUGAUUUCCCCAUUAUAACUUUAAGAAAUAAUUUUUCAAUAUUUUCGGAUAACUAUAUCUUUGUUGAAACAACCUAUAGAUACUUCAAUUGUUUAUUAGUUUAUAUGAACAUGUGGAGUCUUUUUUUCAUUUAUGCUGUGAAAUGAUAGUCGAACCGUAUGCUGGUCAACUUCAGCAGUCAGGUCAGGUCGAAGUGGGGGUUGGAAAAGGUGGUAAAGUAUUUCACCACUCUUCUGGUGUUGGCAUAACCGCCUUUGUACCGGUGAUAUAAAGUGUGUUUCUCAUGUAAUGACCUCGGUUACAAACGUUGGCAUUAAUCUUUCUUUUUUUUUGAGAAAGGGUUUCGGCAUUGAUCAUCUUAAGUUCGAUACUUUUGUAUUUUCUUCCCCUUCAUUUAAUUAGACUAUAUUAAAUGUGGAAUGAUAUACAAGAAUAGAAAUAAAUCAUGUAUCGGUGAAUUUGUAUUUGUUGCAUUAGCCACGAGUGGUCACUAGGAAAUGUUUGGACCCACUCAGUAUAAAUUUCAGGACCCAAUUAUCAAAUAAUAUCGCGUUUCUAUGUAUUUUCAAUUUUCAUGGACAAAAAUUAAAUAAACAUAAGAGGUUAAAUCUGUGAGUAAUCCCAACCCUCUUUCACGUGGUAUCAACGAAACGCGGGUUCAUGGGUUUUGUAGUAGAGUGGAUACGUAUAUUUUGUGUGCAUCUAUGAGCAUGUAUAUGUCAAAGUGAAUAAUGACAAAUAUCCGAUUUGCCAUACAAAAUCAUCAAAUGGUUGUUUUCUUUUCUUAGAUUCUCUAAUAUUUUUUAGAUCGCUAACAACGAAUGAAAGAAUAAUAGAUUGGACAUAUAUUUUGUAUCACGCACAUUCGAUAAGAAUCUUAGUGUUAUUGAUGGUCAGAUACAUCUUUCUAUAAUUCUUGUAAUAAGGCUAUAAAUCUACUUUUCAUCCUACGGCCAAUUUGAUAUCUCAAAAAGAAUUGAAAGAAUUGUCGCGACUUGUCAUACUUAUGUUGACAAUACAUUUCUAUUUUGUUGGUUAAUGGCUAGUAUAAUUAAACGCUAAUGAAAAUACUCUCUAUAAUAUAUUCUGCUAAACUGCAAACAAUUUUUAAAUAUUACUGAAAUAUAAAUUGCAAGAAUCAGUCCACUGAUCGCUUAUAAAGGAAAACGAACGAGGGGCGAAAUUAUAUUUAUCUAGGUCAGGUCGCUUAGCUAGGAAGUUGAAACAAUGGCAGAGGCAUAAAUGGAUCCUUUGUACUUGGUGCUCAAACUUAUCCCGGCCUAUUGGUUAAAGGAUAAUUCUUUUUGUUUGUUAGAUACUUUUAUUUUGAUAAAACUUUAACUUUAUAAAUACCAAUGUGUUUGUUACUUAUUUCUGAUUGUGGGGAAUCACCUUAUGUGUUACCUAACGAAGUUAUCAACUUCUUAAAUAAAAACUUACAUAUCACAUGACAAUAUGUUAUAAGCUAUACUUUAUAGGGUAUUUAAGUGUAUAAUCCCUCAAGUCAAUAAAUCGUGAAACCACCGAUUGUUCAAAUGGUGUACGAGUAUGUACCAAUCUUGCAACUUCCGCCUAUAUAUAAAUUACGAUCAUAAUUGAAAAUUGAUUAUAUAUAUAUAUAUAUAUAUAUAUAAUAUGCGCAACAUACACAGUUCACACUAUAGGACCCACUUGUCCAUGAUUCGUUAUUUUUCUAACUCUCCAACAUUAUAAAACCCUCCCACUUCCUCCUAUUAACUUCAAACUAAUUCCUACCCACAAAUACAAUGAUACAAGCCCUUUGAUAUUCAUCUCUCACUCUUAUAAACCAAAUCCAAACAAUGACUCCGGCGGAAAUCACAGGGUAUUAUCAAUAUCUAUCGCCGGAGAAUUUAUCAACAAUCCCGGCGGAAUUCAACAUACUAAACAUGCCCUCAUCUCCAAUCUCUUCCUCUUCAUUAAACUACCUAAACGAUCUCAUCAUCAACAACAACUAUUCCUUAUCAUCCAACGGUCAAGAUCUCACGAUGAGCAACAACUCAACUUCUGACGAAGACCAUCAUCAUCAGAGAAUCAAGGCACUCAACGAGAGGAAACAAAGGAGAAUGCUUUCAAACAGAGAAUCCGCGAGGAGAUCUAGGAUGAGGAAACAGAGACAUCUUGACGAACUCUGGUCUCAGGUGAUAAGGCUUCGCAACGAGAACAACUGUCUUAUCGAGAAGCUGGUCCGCGUAUCAGAUACUCAAGAUAACGUAUUGAAAGAGAACUCUAAACUGAAAGAAGAAGUUUCUGAUCUUCGACAGCUUGUAUCUGAACUAAAACCCAACAAGAACAACAGUUUUCUAAGAGAGUUCGAAGAAGUUUAGUAUUUCUUCAAAAUAAAUCGGCGGGGCAGAGCUAUGGGGGUUUGUGUUAUCAUAUUGGGUUCUGGUUGGUUCUCGAAUGUAAGGUUGGUAAGGAUCAUUUAUCACAAGAUUCACAACUUGUCGCCACGUAACAAAGUUAGUAUCUAUGUUUAUCUUACGUAUUAAGACUUUUUAUAUUCAGCAGUAUCCCCAUAAAAUAACAUUUGAAGUAUAUUUCUGAAUUCAAUACUCUGAACACAUAAGAGACUUCUGAAAAUGAAAUGAACAAUGAAAGACACAAUGGUGAUGAAACUUUACAAUCUAGUUUUUUACACUAAUAUUGCCGUCAUGUAAGUAGUAUGUAUGUUAUGAUGAGAUGAAAAUUAAUAAAUAAAAAGAUGACCAAAGUAGUGUCAUAAAAUGUUGAUCAA